AUGGGAAAACACAACCCAGGAUGUAUCGCUGCAGUACUCGUGUCUUUAGCUGCCUUUGUAGUGAGCUUGGUGCUUAAUGGGCUGGCUGUAGUUGGAGUUAGUCCUUUUCACACCACCCAAGCCAAUGUCUCAGCUUUGUUUGACACCCAGCUUACGCCUUCAGGAUGGACAUUUUUCAUCUGGACCCUCAUCUACAUCUGGCUGAUCUUCAUGAUCAUCUACAUUGUUGCGGGUCUUUUCAGAAAGAAUGGAUAUGGAUAUGUUUACUGCACUCCUGCAGUACUGCCUUAUGGAUUCUUUAUUAGCUGGUGUCUCAAUAUGGGCGUCAAUAUUGGUUGGCUGCUGGUUUGGGACAGAGAACUGAUGAUUCCUGCACUGGUGUUUCUCAUCCUCAUCAUCUGCACUAACUACUCCAUGAUAUGCUUCAUCUGCCAUGGGAUUCACGUUUAUGGAGCUUGGCUCAACAAAUACCACAAAGCAGACCUGUGGCUCCUCCGGGUGUUGGUCCAGAAUGGUGUCAUGAUAUACACGACUUGGACAACUGUUGCAACCCUCCUCAACCUGACGAUUGUUCUGGCUUAUGAAGCAGACAUGUCCCAAGACGAUUCUGCCACACUCUCAUACUCUCUUUUGACUAUUUUGUUGCUUGGAUGGUUUGUUUUAGAGAAUCUUGUCCUCGACGAGCAUGUGCGGUACAUCUGCAUUACCUACCCCGUUGUGAUCUGGGCGUUGUCUGGAAACCUUGACAAAAACUAUGAUGCUGAAUCACCCAGUCGCAAUGGCGUCUUCAUUGCUGUGCUGCUGGCUGCAGCCUGUGUGCUGUUUGUGAUUCGGGUUAGUUUGGUGGUCUGGAGACACAUCAAACAGCCACUCUACGAAGGUGUCGAUCCUGAAGCCAUGGAACCGAUGGAGAUCGCUAAGAAGCAGAAAAAGAUAUUUCACUGA